AUGCUCUUCAGUCGCUUUGUUCUUCUUGCGUUCGGUUCGGUGGCCGCCGUCUCGGCCAGCAGUAUUUACGCCCGUGGCCGUGGUGGUAGCUCUACCGACCAGCCAGUGGCAAACCCUUACAACACCAAAGAGAUUUCUCUGGCUGCCGGUCUUGUCCAGCAAACUUACUGUGACAGCACGGAAAAUGGUCUGAAGAUUGGCGACAGCGAGCUCCUUUACACCAUGGGAGAGGGUUACGCUCGCCAGCGUGUCAACAUCUAUCACUCGCCUAGCCUUGGUAUUGCUGUGGCCAUCGAGGGCACGAACCUUUUCUCGCUUAACUCGGACUUGCAUGAUGCGAAGUUCUGGCAAGAAGACCCGAACGAGCGUUACAUCCAGUACUACCCGAAGGGUACAAAGCUUAUGCACGGUUUCCAGCAAGCCUACAAUGACUUGAUGGAUGAUAUCUUCACUGCAGUUAAGAAGUACAAGAAAGAGAAGAAUGAAAAGCGCGUGACUGUCAUUGGCCACUCGCUUGGUGCCGCUAUGGGUUUGCUUUGCGCUAUGGACAUUGAGCUGCGUAUGGAUGGUGGUCUGUACAAGACGUACCUGUUUGGACUUCCCCGUCUUGGUAACCCAACAUUUGCUUCGUUCGUUGACCAAAAGAUUGGCGACAAGUUCCACUCAAUUAUCAAUGGUCGCGACUGGGUUCCAACGGUGCCGCCGCGCGCUCUUGGUUACCAGCACCCAUCUGACUAUGUUUGGAUCUACCCAGGCAACAGCACGAGCGCGAAGCUUUACCCUGGCCAAGAGAAUGUCCACGGUAUCCUCACUGUUGCUCGCGAGUUCAACUUUGACGACCACCAAGGUAUCUACUUCCACACCCAGAUCGGUGCUGUUAUGGGUGAGUGCCCAGCUCAGGUUGGUGCUCAUUAA